AUGAAGGUCCCCGUGGCUUCCCUUGCCAUCCUGCUCAGCAUAGCAGCCCUCUGCACCCAGGCCUUCUCUACACCAAUUAGUGCCGACAUUCCGACUGCCUGCUGCUUCACCUAUGUCAAUCGGCAGAUUUUGAAGAAAUUUGUAGCUAGCUAUUAUGAAACCAGUAGUCAGUGCUCCAAGCCUGCCAUCAUCUUCAUAACCAAAAAGAAUCGUCAAAUCUGUGCUGACCCCAGAGAAGCCUGGGUCCAGGAAUACAUCACUAACCUGAAACCGGCUGCCUAA